GGUCUGCGGGGCCGGCGGCACACGAGCCGCCAUGCGGCUGGGCUCAGGAGCCUUCGCCGCCUGCUGCGUGGUGAUUGAGGUGCUCGGGGUCGCUGUCUUUCUCCGGGGUUUCUUCCCCGUGUCGGUGCGCUCUGCGUCCCGGGUCCAGCCCCUGACCCCUGCGCCGGAGCCCGCGGCAGGAACAACUUCCAACUGGACCCAGCUUCCACCUCCUCUCUUCAGAAAAGUUGUUAUAAUGCUGGUAGACGGCUUGAGAGGCGAUUUUGUUUUUGGAUCAAAGGGUGUGCAAUUCAUGCCUUAUACAACUUAUCUUAUAGAAAAAGGAUUCACUCAUAGUUUUAUAGCAGAAGCAAAGCCACCCACUGUCACUCUGCCUCGAAUCAAGGCUCUAAUGACGGGAAGCAUCCCUGGCUUUAUUGAUGCUGUUAUGAACUUUAAUUCUCCCGUGUUGCUGGAAGACAACCUCAUUGGGCAGGCAAAAGCAGCUGGGAAAAGAAUCAUCUUUUAUGGAGAUGAUACAUGGAUUAAAUUAUUCCCAAAGCAUUUUGUAGAAUACGAUGGAACAACCUCCUUUUUCGUGUCAGAUUUUAGAGAGGUUGAUGAUAAUGUUACAAGGCAUUUGGAUAAUGUAUUAAAAAGGGAAGACUGGGAUAUGCUAAUACUUCACUACCUAGGAUUAGAUCAUAUUGGUCACAUAACUGGGCCACAUAGUCCCAUGAUAGGACCAAAGCUUAAAGAAAUGGAUUACAUCCUAAAGAAGAUCCACAUUUCAUUAUUGUCCAAGGAGAGAGAGGCUUCUUUGCCCCAUUUAUUGGUCCUUUGUGGAGAUCAUGGGAUGUCUGAAACAGGAGGCCAUGGAGCCUCUUCAGUAGAGGAAGUGAGCACACCUCUGAUUUUGAUCAGCUCUGCAUUUCAAAGGAAAAGCGGUAACUUCCAACCUCCAAAGCACGUCCAGCAGACUGACCUGGCUGCCACACUAGCAGUGGGCCUUGGUUUGCCGAUUCCAAAAAAUAGCGUGGGGAGCCUGUUAUUUCCAGUUGUAGAAAGAGCAACAAUGAGAGAGCAGCUGAGGUUCCUGCACUUAAAUUCAGUACAGCUCAGCAGACUGCUGCAAGAGAAUGUGCCGAUGUAUGAAAAAGAUCCUGGAUUUCAGCAGUUUAAAGUAACAGAAAAGUUGCAUGGGAAUUGGAUCAAGCUCUACUUGGAGGGAAAUAAUUCAGAAGUCCUUUUAAACCUUGGCAGAAAAGUUCUUAAGCAGUAUUUAAAUGCUUUGAAGACCAUGAGUAUGUCACUGAGCAAACAAGUAGCCCAGUAUGAUAUGUACUCAAUGAUGAUUGGGACUGUCAUAGUCUUAGAGGUUCUGAUUCUGCUUUUGCUCAGUACCCCAAAAACCUUGUGCCAGAAGGCUGAAUUUGAGAUUCCACUGUGGUCUUCCUUGUUUUCCCUGCUCUUCUACUUGACGGUCCUCGUUCUCUCUGCGGUCCACGUCAUCGUGUGCACCUCGGCUGAGAGGUCAUGCUACUUUUGUGGUGUCUCUUGGCUGAUGGCCAUUGGGGUAAUGAUGCUGAUUUCCGCACUUCUCUGUGUGAUAUUGUCUGUUCUCACAAAUACAUUUGAGAAUGUCAAACUUCCAGCUAAGAAUUCAGCUGCCUCUGGUUCCAGCUGGUCGGGAUUAGAUCUGAUUAUUUUAUUUGGAACUCUGGGCCACGUUCUGAGUUUGGGUGCAAGCAGUUUUAUAGAAGAAGAACACCAAACCUGGUAUUUUCUUGUCAAUACUCUCUGUCUAGCACUGGGCCAUGAAAUAUGUAGAAACCACUUUCUUGGGAAGGACUUUGAUCAUAAUUUAGCUGUGGAAGGAGAUUUUCAAAAAGAUACUAAGAAAGUUUUACAAUACAGAAAUGACUCUGUGGAUGUUCCAGAGUACGACAAAAUGCACAAGAUAUCUUCUUUGGAACUGCCAGAGGGCUAUGAAAAGUGGUUGGGAUUGGCCAGUCCAUGGCUUAUAUUGAUUUGCUGUAGACUGCUCCGCUCAUUAAAUCAGACUGGAGUGCAGUGGGCUCAUCGACCAGACUUUGGCCACUGGCUGACCAGUUCUGAUCAUAAAGCUGAACUCUCUGUUCUGGCAUUUCUAUCCCUUGUCAUGAUCUUCAUUCUGGUUCAGAGAAGAUGCUGUCCUGUUUCAAAAGUAGCAAUGGCACUGGGGCUCUUGGGAGUCUAUUGCUACCGAGCAGCAUUUGGAAAUGUCUUUUUGCCAUGGCAACGAGAUAACAAAGAUAUUUCUAAGGGAAUUAUUGAAGCUCGCUUUGUGUAUGUCUUUGUUCUGGGUAUUCUUUUCACCGGAACCAAAGACUUGCUUAAGUCCCAAGUCAUUUCUGCAGAUGUCAAUAUCAAGAGUCGAGGUUUGUGGGAAAUAUAUAGCGGAUUAGUUCUCCUAGCAGCCUUGUUGCUCCGACCUCACAAUCUUCCUGUUUUGGUGUUUAGUCUGUUGAUUCAAGCUGUAAUGACAAAAUUCAUCUGGAAGCCCUUGAAACACGAUGCAGCUCAAAUUACCAUAAUGCAUUAUUGGUUUGGCCAAGCGUUCUUUUAUUUUCAGGGUAAUUCCAAUAACAUUGCCACAGUGGAUAUUUCAGCAGGCUUUGUUGGCCUAGACCACUAUAUCGAAGUACCAGCUAUGUUCCUCACAGCCUUUGCAACAUAUGUAGGACCUAUCCUUUGGGCCAUUCACUUACUGAGUUUUUUGAGUUCAGAAAACAACAGGAGUUCAGCAAUGAGUCACGCCUGCUUCUGCUAUGCAGUGAUAUGUUCCAUCCCUGUGUCUGCGUACAUCAUCCUGGUGACGUCCCUACGUUACCAUUUGUUUAUAUGGAGUGUGUUUUCUCCAAAACUUCUCUAUGAAGGAAUGCAUCUAUUACUCACAGCUACCAUUUGUGUGUUUUUCACAGCCAUGGACCAAACCAAUCUCAUAAAACCUUAGUCUAUUAAGUAUGCAGAAAAGAACUGUGCUUUUUAAAAAGCCUAUUAAUUGCUGACUGGAUUUGAGUAAUGGAAGAUAAGCUUAACUACUAAGAAGAUCAUUCCAGAAAAAGAUAAAAAGUUAUUUAUGGCUGAUGAGUUCUACCAGUUGUUGAAAAAAAAAUUCAACUUUUUUGACUUCUGUAUUUGAAUAUAGAUUUACUCUAAGUGACUUUUUGUGGUUGAGAUUGGGUAGGGGACAGGUGAGGGGAGGGGGAAGAGAAAGACUCUUUGACCAUUUGAAAAAGUACUAAUUUUGUUCCAGAAUAUUAAAUUUGAUUACAAACCAUGACCCUUUUUCCUUAACUCAAAUAAGUCUAAAAACUUCUGGUUUUGUUAAUUUACUCCAUAUGUGUUAUAAAUCUGACUCAGAGUUUUGUUUGUUAGUGAAUGACAGUCUUAAAAAGUUUUCAGCUUUACCCAGCUGCUUGAUGUGCUUAAUUCUGAGGGCUUAAGAAGUGGAGGGAGAAGAUGGAUCCUUACUUAGACUGUGGUGCAUGUGAAGCAGAUGUGUCUGUCUAACAUGUUUUUAUCCAUCUCUGCCAUGAUUAUUCAUGAGAUGGCAGGGAGAAAGAAAGAGGGACAUGAGUAUAACUAUAUGACCAUCCAUGAGCAAUAGCCAGCAGCUGACUUACUGAAUUGUAGUCAAAAGAUAUCCUAGGCUGAAGGAGAUACAAGAGGAGGAAACUGAAAGAGAGGAAGAUCAUCUGAUUCAGUCAAGUGACAGAAGGUACAGAAGGCUCGAAAAGAAUCAUUAAUGAGUAUGCUGAUGCCCCACGUUUUGCCCUGGGCUGGUCGAGGGUCAGGGAGGAGAGAGGAUGCUCCCUUCUACUCCCCCUGUUCUCUAGGGCAACGUCCCUGGACUACGUCCAUGCACCUAAGAAUUGGGGAGCACCAGGUGUCCUGCAAACACUUGGGAACUUUGCUAGAGAGAAACAAGGACAGGAACAGUGAGAUGUGGCAGUUCCUGUGAAAAAGACCUGGAGGUUUUUGUGAUUCUAAGGUCGCUGUGAGUCAUCAAUGUGACAUGGCAGCUAAAACCCCUAAUGUGAUCUUAGUGUCUUCAUCAAUAAAAACGUCCUGUCCAGAAAUUCACAGAUCAUAGCCCCUCUUUCUUCUGGCUUAGGUGGCCUAGAGGAUGAAGAAGACAUGAAUUCAGUUCCACCUCAGACGCUUACUAGCUGUGUAUUCCUGAGCAAGUCACUAGCUUCUCUCUUCUUCGCCUUCCUCAUCUGCAAAAUGGGGAUAUUCAUAGCCCCUAUCUCCCUGAGUGGUUGUGAGGAUCAAAGUGGAUGAUAUUUAUAAAGUGCUUUGUACACCUUAAAGUGUUGUAUAAAUGCUAGCAACUGUUAUUUUUAACAUUGUGAUUAACAGGAAGAACGUUAAACUAGAGCAUCUGUGGGAUAAGAUGACCAAGAUGGUCAGAGGCUUCAUAGCUUGUUCUGUAAAUAUCGAUUGAAGGGAUUGGAGAGAUUUACCCUAGACAGGAGGAGGCCCAGGAGGAAAGUGCCAGAUACAUUCCUAUAUAUUUAAAGGGAUGCCUUACAGAAGAAGGAUUAGGGAAGGGAGAGGCAUCUAGUUCAAGCCCCUCUCCUUCCCUACUUCUACACAUGGGGAAACUGAGACCCAGGGAAAGCUAAUAAUUUGCCCAAGGUCACAGGUAGUAAGCAUAAGAGGGAGGAUUUAACCAGGUCCUGUGGUCGUGGAAACAGUGCUUUCCCCACCAUUCCACACUGUCUUCCUUGGCUACAUAAGACUAAACUGAUUCAGUUUUGUUAACAAAGGGUCUAUCAUUGGGUGAAAGUUGCUGACUGGUAUAGGGAGGAGGGAACCACAGUUUCAGAGCUAGAACGUUGAGGAAGAUUACUCAGUCCUCAUAUAUUAUAGAGGAAACUGAGGACCAAAGAUAUUAAGUAUGAUUUGCUUAUGGCCACAGUUAAGUGGCUGAGCUGGGACAGAUAAAAGAUUUAUGUGCUGGGAAAGUAAGUUCCCCAUCAUUGAAGGUCUUAUAGUGGAGGACGGAGGAAGGCUUUUCCAGGAUGUUGUGGAGGGUAUGGGAUGGUAACUAAAUGACUUUUUAGCUCUUUUCCAACUCUUUCAUAUUCUAGGAUGGAUCCCCAGACUGGGCUUGGAGUGACAAAAAUAUUCCUUUAUGGAAGAUGUUCAACAAGGAACUGACUUUAUAUUAAAAAAUAAAAAAAACCACAGUUUUGCAAAACUUGUGAAGGUUGAUGAAAGCCAGCUGAACAUUCCCAGAGAGCUCUGGGAAGCAGCUACCUGACUUUGCCCAGAACAGCCAAAGUGCUUUCCCUCCUUUGGGUUUUAAGUGAAAACAUUUUCAGAGAAUGGAAAAUCAGCACAGAGACUAGAUAAUAGGUGGAGUUGUGUGAAGUCAAACCUUGACUAGGUUCUCUGACCCUGUGGUCACCUACCCCUUUCAGUAGGAUUACUCUCCUUUAGAAGUGAGGGGAAAAGGGCAAGGGCACUGAAUCUGGGAGUCGAGACCAAAGCGUUUAAUCCUACCAGUCGAAUGGGAACUCCAUGAGGGCAGGGCCUGGGUUUUUUUCUUUUAAUACCUUCAUAUAUUAUAUAUUAUGUAUUAUAUAUAACUCUAAUAUCUUAAAAUUGCAUUAAGCCUUUU